UGAGCAUGCAGGUGUGUGGGCUCUCAGGUCCUAUGGAUUCUUUGGCAAAGCUUGUGCAUCUCUCGCUUGAGAGGAAUGUUUCCAAAGAAGAUCUUUCAACUAAGAAAGCUGUCCUUUGUUCACAUAUCAGAUAAUGAAGAUCUUCAUGGUUCAUUCCCAGACUUUCCAUUGAAUGGUUCUCUCUGGCGCUUGACAAUGACAGGGACAAAUUUUUUUAGAUCCAUACCAAAUUCUAUAAGUAAUUUGAGGCAGUUGUCUGUGUUACAUCUUUCUUCAUGCCAUUUCAAUGGAACACUUCCCAUCUCUAUGUCUGAGUUCACCCAACUUGUUGAACUAGAUUUGUCAGAUAAUAGAUUUACGGGCUCGAUUCCGUCACUAAAUAAGUGCAAGAAACUUGUUCGUGCAAUAUUCUCGAGUAACAGCUUCGCUGGUCCAUUACCAUCCACUCACUUUGAAGGCCUUGUAAAUCUAGUUGAAAUCGAUUUAACAAAUAAUUCCAUCAAUGGACGGUUCCCUUCAUCCAUAUUUGUGCUUCCAUCUGUGCAAGUCAUACGAGUUUCUGAUAGAGCUCAUGAUUUUACUAAGACCUAUAAGAGAAAAUCAAGGAAGGCAAGAGGUUAAAAGAUAACAUUAUUGUUGGUUCAGAUGUUUGCCCUUCGGAUCCUGGUUAUGAGGGGAAAAAAGAAAGUAAUUGAUGGCCUAGUGAUGUGCUAGAGUCCUAGUGAUGGUUAAGGGUUUUCUAGGGGUAAGGGCUGUGCUAGAGUCACUUUUUAGGUCUUUAAAUCUUCCUCUUUGCCUAGAGAGAGGGGGAGAUUAUUUUUGAAUAUUGAGAGUGGUAAGGAGGGCUCUGGCCUCUCGAAUGUCAGGUUGGGGUGGAGGAAGUCAUCUUUCUUCAUCAUUUUAUCUUCUGCUAGUGUGUGUAUGUAAGUGAGUGACUUAUAUUUUAUGAUUGUUGUUUGGUGGAGUAUAUUCUGUGCUGUUUUUGUUUCAGUACGUUGUAAUUUUCAGUUCCUUAUUUCGCUGUAAUCCAACUUUGCUAUUCGGUAUUAGUAAUUUUCAGUCCCAUUUGUGGUGUAGUUUCUGGUUUAUGCUUGUUUAAAGCUUAUUAGAAUAGAGGGUUCCAUCAUUUGGUAUCAGAGCGGUUGAUCCGAGGGAGAGAAAGAGGGUGGAAAAAAGGCAUGGCAAACUUACUAGAAGAACUCGUAGUUACAGCAGCUAUGAUGUCAGAAUUGUUGAAGAGUGUGGGGAAAAAAACAGAGGAAAUGCAGAAGAAAUUAGAGAAGUGCACAAAGAUUUUAGACAGAAUGGAGAUGCGUGCUGAAAUGGAGAAGAAAUCAGAGGUGAACAUGGAAAAUGAAGAUGCUGUAAGUGAGAAAGAAGAGAAGAAACCAGUUGAGCAAGAAACAGAGGGAGUUAUAAAAAAGAUACCGGAGGUUGAAGAAGGGAGAGAGAAAGAGCCUUUUGAACAACAGUUAAAAGUGUCACCGUUUUUAAGAGAAGGAAAGUUUGAAGCAGAUUCUGGUAUCAACCCAAAAGAGAUGAAACCCAAACCUUCUCAAUCCUUGCAAGCUGUCAAAUUAGCACCAAGCAGUCCCAAAAUCAAAGUCCAGCAGAUAAAUGUUAAUGGGGCAGAAGCGACUAAGGAGAAGAAGCAAAAUUAUAAUGUUGAGAAGACUGCAAAACGCUGGAGAGAAUAUGAGCAACGAAGAGACAGGUUGAAGGCAGAAGAGGCUGACGGCAAAAAGAAGGGAAAGUGGAGGCUGGAUAGGGUUAGGUUAAUUACUUAUUGUAGAAGCCCAAUACUAAAUGAUGGUAAUUCUUUUGGGCCUAAAAGCUUUUUAAUUUAUGAAAGGAGAAUGAACCAGCCGCAUACAACAUUCAAUUCCUCAUUUAAGAAGCAACUAAUGGACUUGGGCCUUAAAGGGGAGAAGAGAAACCUAAUCCUUCGAGAAGCUAGGGUUGCAACGCUGCGUUCUGCAUCAGAGAAGGGGUUUUCACUUUAUAUUAUAUUUUUGCGCCAGACGCUUGCUGUGGCUCACAUUCUAAACGCUCAACAGGCCAAAGAAGAGCAAAAAUUCUCCCACAAACAUACAAAAACAGUGGGAAGCGACACCAUUCCAGAUGCUCUUUGUGUUGGCUGGCACCAAAGGCUACUGUUCCUGGCUCCAACUAUUACAGAAGUUAACAUACUGUAUGUGGCAGCUUCACAAAUUCACAUAACUAUCAAGAAGAAUGAAUAUGUUGCUCGUCUGACCCAAAAGGCUGGUGCAAAGUUGGGCAUAAGGGAUGAUACCAAUGUCAGGUAUGACUACAGUAUACAAUUUGAGGCUGUCAUCCUACUUCAGUUUUCCAGUGGGUUCCAAGCUACACCAUUCUUCAUAAUAUUCUUGUCAGCAAUUAUUGCCAGAAUUUUUGUUACCUAUUACUGGGAUGGUUUGAAAACAACUUUUGGAAUUCUUGUCACCUUAACAUUCUUCUCCAUUAAGAGGUUCAUGUGUUGCAACUCGGAGUCUAUAGCUAUUGGUUCUUUGAGUAUAUCAUUUGAAAAAUCAGUCGAAUUUUUGCUUGCAUCUCUUCUCUUAAAGCAGAAAUCCAGUCACCCAUUGGACGACGAUGUAUGUGGGGUUGUACUUUUAUCUCCUCAAUAUCAUCUGAGGGCUUCAGUUAUCAUCCCAGAAUUGAUCACGUGUGACAUCAAAAUGUUUGGGGAUGUCACUUUGUUGUUUGGAAAAUUUUGUCUUAGCUCAUUGGAUGCUGUGUUUAAAUUUUUUAGAUCAACGGUCAACACUCACAGAUACAUUUCUGCACACAGCAACAAUUCAGUGGAGAUACAGAGCAAAAUGCAGCUUCAGACCAGUACCGAGAAAAAUGUGAAACUGGAACUGAAGAUUUUGGGCAUGUUGAUAAAUGUGCAGGUUCAGGCUGCAGGUGUGGAGGAUGGAUUUGGGGAAGCAAAACAAACUAAACUCAAGAUCAAGGGGGAGUUGUUGAUCAGUAAUUUUCUUGUCUACAAUAUAAAACCCACAAGAGAUGGGGCUGAGUUCCCCAGCAACACUUCUUCAUUCUCAAUGAGAGGAGAUGAAAAUUCCCAAGAGACCACAGUACUAGACUUCACUGAAAUAGGGGAAAAAAGUUUUGGUUUUUGUUCUGCUAAGAAAAUUAGAACGGCUUAUACUAAGCAUGACAAGAAGCUCAGACUUUUCUCAGGAGCAAGAGAAGUAAAUGAAGAAAAUAGAGGUGAAAUGUCUACUAACCCAAGUAUUCUGUCUCCUGGUUCUGUUGUUGCUGGAAAACAGUUUAAAUCUAUUUUUUCAUCCAAUAUGCGUUAUGAUGCUCGGUUCUCUGGCAUGAAAGUUGAAGAUUAUUACAAGGGAUUGAAGAAGGAUGUCAAGAUUAUUGAAGCAGUUCAGUUGGAAGAUUUUCUGGUAUGGGCAAACUUGUUUUCAUACCAACAGAUGUUCAUACCAACUGCUGUUUAUGCUUCUCACCUUGAGGACAAGGUGAAACUUCAAGGGGAGGGUAAUGAUAGAGCUCAUGAUUUUACUAAGACUUAUAAGAGAAAAUCAAGGAAGGCAAGAGGUUAAAAGAUAACAUUAUUGUUGGUUCAGAUGUUUGCCCUUCGGAUCCUGGUUAUGAGGGGAAAAAAGAAAGUAAUUGAUGGCCUAGUGAUGUGCUAGAGUCCUAGUGAUGGUUAAGGGUUUUCUAGGGGUAAGGGCUGUGCUAGAGUCACUUUUUAGGUCUUUAAAUCUUCCUCUUUGCCUAGAGAGAGGGGGAGAUUAUUUUUGAAUAUUGAGAGUGGUAAGGAGGGCUCUGGCCUCUCGAAUGUCAGGUUGGGGGUGGAGGAAGUCAUCUUUCUUCAUCAUUUUAUCUUCUGCUAGUGUGUAUAUGUAAGUGAGUGACUUAUAUUUUGUGAUUGUUGUUUGGUGGAGUAUAUUCUGUGCUGUUUCUAUUUCAGUACGUUCUAAUUUUCAGUUCCUUAUUUCACUGUAAUCCAACUUUGCUAUUCGGUAUUAGUAAUUUUCAGUCCCAUUUG